AUGAAUUUCUACAGCAACCUUCAUUGCAUAACCUCCAAUGCCUUUCCUCAUCUGGUGCCAGCAGAGCAUAUGCAUCCAAAGGACACUGGCAGUGAAGCCUGGUUGAUGGAUGGAAAGGGGUACAUGGUUGCAUCACAGCCAUACAAGGAAUAUUUGAGCAGCACUAAAAAUGUGGUUGAGAUCUCAGAUUGCAGCAAUCAUCAGGCAGUUAAUCAAGCAAAUGCCAACUGGCAGCAACUCACAUCUAUGGGAAUAGGUGGAUGUGCCUGUGCAUGGCAUGGCUGUUUUGUGCCACAUGCAAUGGUUGACUUCCAGAAGGGUGAACAGCAGGUUAACAUGGACUAUGUGCUUGUGCAUGCCAUCAGGCAUGGUACAGUCCCUGGCCAGCAAGUGAUACAUUUCUAUGAUAUUAACUGCCAGUAUAGCAAAGAUGGCAUGCAGAUCUGCCCUGGCAUUGGGUUGUGGCAUGUUCAUGGCCACUGCACAGAAUGCUUUGCAUGA